CUUAGUUCGGCGCCCACGCGGUGUGGCAACGCUGGCGUUCGCUUUAAACCGAAUUCCACGAAAAAUAAUUCUCUUUUUUUUUUUUUUAUUUUUUAUCGUGUGUUUGCUCUUAAUAAGUUAGGCUCCCCUAGUAAGCGGUGAGUUCCUUGCCCUUGGGGAUAACGGUUGCCUGAUCCAGUCGUUUGAGGUUAGGUUUGGGGCACUGGAAUGCUAUUAUUGCUGACGCGCGCUGUAAUUGAAAAUUGUUUUUCGCACUGGUAGCACAAGAAGAGACAUGGCUUGGGUGCCCAGCUCACGGUUCGAGGACGACCUGGUCGACAUGGAGCCGAAUUUUAAUUUCGUCUACGGCCAGAUGUCCUACGAGGCGCGCCAGAAACAGGAGAAUGCUCCCCGACCGAAGAGCACCUACGAGUACCUCUCGGCCCGGAAGGAGCGGAAUGAGGAAUUGGAGAAGUUGCAUGGACCGUCGACAGGGAAGGGCCGGGAAAUACGAUCGUGCCUGCAGAUGAUGGAGAAGAUACAGAGCAUAGCGGGCACGAAGCCCCUGGGGGAGCACGCCACCAUGGCCGAUUGGGAGGAUACCAGCACCGUGGAGCAGGAGGCGGUGGCCAUGAUGCGGCACUUUGGUCUCAUGUCCAUGGACGUGGAAUCCCGUGGAUCAACCAGAGAGCAGCUGCAGAAGAAAGUAGAAGAAGAGAGCUCCCAAUCUGGAAAAAUCAUUCCUCUGAAGAAUGGCAAUCGCACAUUUCCGUUGAUAACGGAUCCCGAUUACUUCCGGCCCCGUAAGACCCGAAGAUGUAAGGAGAUCCCUUCCCAGAAGGGUGAUUCAAGUGAUACUACCAGCGAGGCUUCCUACCACACUGCCCCAAGCGAGAGCAGCUUCAUUAGUCUCUACGGAUCAGCCCACUCCACACUAAGCACCAGCUUAGAUCGGAAAGAGAGGCGUCGUGACUCCGAGGGAUACGUUGAGGUGCCUUACCAACCCUUGGAGGAGGACUUUCCGGAUGAAGUGGCCAAGGAGCAGCCGGAAUCCACAAUCCCUGAGAAGAAGAAAAGGAGGCAGAGGCCCAGCCAGAAGGAGAGACUUCAAAAGGCCCACCAAGGAAAGCAAUAUCAGCUCUAAUUGAAUUUAAUCUAAAUAGAAAUUCUAGACAGAGUCAUAAACAAGCCAUAAAUAAAUAUAAAUGGAGUAUGGAAUGUAUGAUGAAAUGUGAUCGGGGGGGAGUCUCUACACACAUAAGCACAAAAAGCCUUGAAAUAUAGGUUUAUUUAAGAAGUUUUUAUUCAAUAAUACCUUUGUACUCUACGCUACUAGUGUUAAGUUUCAAACCAAAUGAAGUUGAAGUUAUUGAAAUUAAAUAGAAAUGUAAAUAAAUCAAAGAGUUAUCUUUAUAGAUGUAAUUUCUCUAUUAUAAUCUCCUUUAUUUCCAUUCAAUUUCACUAAUUCCGUCCAAGGAGGAUGGGAACUUUUUCGCAAACUAAUCCGAAGUGAGAUAAAAUAAUACCCAAAAUCAAUAUACAUCCCCUACCAAAAAUGGUUAUUGUUCUUGUGUGGAUAACUAUUAUUAAUUUGGGCCAAUCAAUUUAGUCUAAUAAUCUGUCCCCAUGAUGGCGGAAUAAUUACAUUGAGAAAUUAUCUCACAGCACGAAAUAAGAGUUCUUAAGAAGGGGGUUUCUAAGCUUACUCUUUAAGCCUAUAGGUCCUAGAAAGAAAAUUUAAUAAUAAAUUAAAUCAAGUUCUCCUGUAGUUUAUAUUGAAGCUCUACUGUUUCCUCUGUCUCCCUUUGAUGGCGGCUGUUGCUCUCGUCCCCCUGCCUUCUUUUCUCGCUCCACACUCCAAACAUACGCAUAUACAGUACAGUGAUUCCCAAACCAUGCGCCCAAACUGCAAGUUUUUGGAUUUCGUGGCAACAGCGUGCGUCUUUUUGAAGGGUUGUCAGGCCGAUGUUGGCUGGAUGCUGAAGUUCUAGAGCUGGGCUAGGCUAGGCUAGGUAUUGUUGUUAGGCAGUUGUACAUAAAUAAUUACAUAUAUCCAUGUACACAAAUAUUGAUGUAAAAGUCAGUCUAGUCUGUGAAAAAGGGGGAAAAUUGGGGAGAUGUGUGCUACAUGAGGUCUAUAUGUAAACGAGUCUGGAGUCUCGGGACGGAGUCUCCACUCGACGACCGACCGACCAGAAGCGUGAGCGAAAGGAGUUCGACUCGAGCUAUUAAAAUAAAUAUUUUUCAAGUUCUCUUUUGGGGCGACCCCUAAUUGUGUCUUUAAUAUCUUAAACCAUAAUCUGUAUUUUUCAAUAAAAGGAAAGAAAAAUGUUUAACCACAACUCUGUAAGGCAUUUUUUUUUGUCCAUUUAUGAAAGAAGCAAAAAAAAAAAAAUAUCAGGUUUCCCCAAUCUCCCAAUUGGCGAUUGCGAGGGCCACCCCAAUUCCUACGCACACGAGUUUGUGACGGCGAGAGAUUGUGACGCGACGACGGCAACCAAAGCUGCCGAAAGGUGAGCUAGGUGGGAGAGUGUGAGAGCGAGGGCAGAGCCGAAAGGAGCAACAGCCCUCGCCGGCCCGGCAGCCGGCUUUCUUUUGUUGGGGAAGAGAGCUGUCUUUGAAGGACAGUGGGGCAAGGAGUUACAAAGUUUGAUCAAAAUACAUCAACAUAAAUACAUAAUUAUAAAUAUUUUUACAUAAAUAUAAAAUAUUUUUACAUAAAUAUAAAAUAUUUUUUCAUAAAUAUAAAAUAUUCAAAGCCCUUUUUGUCUUUGAAAAUAAAAUAUUUUAUAAAAUUUGUAUAAACUAUUUUAUUGUUAAAUCAUAAUCUCUCCCCACUGUACAUGAGAGCUUGAACUUGCUGUGAUGCUGCGAGAGCUUGGAAGAGAACCACCAACAACCACCGAUUCUCCGGCAUCCCUCCAUCCCCCUUUUUUGGCGCGCAAGCGUAAGCUCUCUGGCUCUGCCGCCUUUUCUUGCUCUCCUGCUCUCUCUCUUGAAGUUUGGAGUCUCUGGGAAGGCUUUCGGUUCAGAGCCGCGACAGUUUCAUUUGGAAGCUCAAACAGGACGAAACGCCUUCGAAAGGAUAAGGAAAAAACUAUCCAAAGGAGGUUAAGGAGAGAAAAAAAAAAGAACCAAAAACUACCGCUUCUACCGUAUAGUAAAUAGUAGUCACUUACUACCACAGUAGUAAGGCGCUUUUCAAUUAAAUCGAAAAUGCAAAGGACCGAGAGACGCAGACGAAGGAGGAGGAUGCCCAAGGACCACGAGGAUGUUUCAUUAAAAUUGGGAUACAGACAAGACGCGGCUCGCAGGAUACGUCUCCUUGUUCGUCCGCGUGUGUGUCGGAGUGUCUGUGUCGGCGUGUGUGUGUGCGCGAGUGUCGCAUCCAUUCAGGAGACACCAAAAAAAAGAGACGGAAGAGCCGAGAACUUAUUUCAAGACUCCGGCUGAGACAUUUCUCCGGUAUGGUGGUGACUUUUCUGUCCAGAAAUCGCAAAAAAAAAAAAAAAAUUAAGAAAUGAACGGUUCGGUUUCUCGGUUUUCUCGGGGUUGGUUCCUUCGUCUCCCCCCUCCCCCAGCUCUAGCUCUUUGAAAUCAAAAGAAUGAAAAAGCUUCCAAAAUCUCAAGGAGGUUCUACGCCACGGUUCUAAAAAAAAAAACUAAGAAUGGAAUCAAAAAAAAGGUAUGCAGAAGGUGGCAGAAGCUCAUCUAGGACUCUGCGGCAGAUGACGACAACGGAAGGUGGCAAGGACAAAGUACCGCACAUGGCGGCAGGGAUACAGCGCCACAGGAUACGGCCAACAGGAUA